AUGGCAGACGUACCGUCACUUGACUGCUUUUUGGAAUUCGUUUUUCAUGUUCGUGAUGUUUCCGGCGAACUUGCAAGCGAGUCAGAUGCCACAAAUUGUGUGCCUAGGCACUGGUUAAGGGAUCGCUUGAACCCUUUAGAAGAGUACAGUGACACGGAGUUUCUCUCAAGGUUUCGCUUUACGAAGAGCACCGUAGCAAGUCUCCUGACAUCUCUUCCGCUCAAGUCGAGCACGGACAACCACGGUCGGCCAGUGCCUCCCACAUUGGAGCUUCUCAUUGCGUUGCGCUUUUACGGCGCAGGUACAUUCCAAGUCGUCUCUGGAGAUUUGGUAAAUGUGUCACAGUCCACAGUCAGCCGUGUUGUAGGGCGCAUCUCACGGCUCAUUGCAAGCUCCCUCUUUCCUACUGUUGUGAAGUUUCCUCAGACUUCUGAAGAAUGCAAGGAAGCGAUGAGAAAAUUCUACGAAAUCGGCGGAUUUCCAGGCGUUGCAGGGUGCAUCGAUUGUAUUCAUAUUCGAAUAAAGAGCCCCGGCGGACCAAAUGCAGAGGUCUACAGGAAUCGGAAAGGCUACUUCUCGAUCAACGUGCAGGCCAUCACUGGGCCCCAGCUUCAAAUUCUGGAUGUUGUGAUCGGCUGGCCGGGAUCUGUGCACGACAGUAGAAUUUUUGACAACAGUCGAGCAAGAGUCCUGUUCGAGACCGAAAGGCUACCUGGUGUACUGCUUGGCGAUGCAGGAUAUGCUUGCACAUCAUUCUUGAUGACGCCGUUCUCCAAACCAGGACCAUCAAACAGCCCCGAGACCCGGUACCAAGCUGCCCACAAACGAACACGGAACACAGUGGAGCGAGCGUUCGGUAUAUGGAAGCGACGUUUUCCGUGUCUUCACAUGAAGCUUCAGAACCGGCUUGACAACACGCUGCUUAUAAUCACAGCGUGCGCUGCUCUCCACAAUGUAGCCUGCAUGCGUAACGAGCCAUACCCUCCCAUCAUAUCGUUUCCAGCUACACAACGGCCACAGCAGCCGCAGCGGCAUCUGCCCCUGCUGACUCCCGUCGAUACCUUAAGCGGCAGCAGAGCACGUGCUCGCCUUACCGCGAGGUGCUUUUCGUAA